CGCCCCGAGGACGCGCACCGGGCUGCUCCUCCCAGGGGCCGCUCCGGGGAACGAGCGCGGCGGCCCGGGAAGCCCGCAGCCGCCUCCGGGACUCGGAAGUGCCGAGAGAGGGGUGCUGGGAACUCGUGGCGCGUGAGCGUCGCCGUCGCCGCCGCCCGGGACAGCCCGGAGGUUGGUAGCUGGUGACCGGAGGGGGUCCCGGGGAGAAACUCUCAGCGUGGGCAUCAGGAACCUUUGUGACAAGGAGCAAUGCUGCCCUGGUGGGAACUGUCUCUUUACUUGCUCGCUUCGCUAGGCUUCCACUUCUAUUCUUUCUACGAAGUUUAUGAAGCCUCUAGAGAACACGAAGAGGAACUGGACCAAGAAUUUGAGCUGGAGACUGAUGCUUUAUUUGGAGGAUUAAAGAAGGACCCGACCGACUUUGAGUGGAGCUUCUGGAUGGAAUGGGGGAAGCAGUGGCUGUUGUGGCUUUUCCUUGGCCAUGUGGCAGUGUCUCAAGUGGCCACUCUGCUUGCAAGGAAGCACAGACCCUGGAUUCUCAUGGUCUAUGGAAUGUGGGCCUGCUGGUGUGUGCUGGGGACCCCAGGUGUGGCCGUGGUUUUUCUCCACACCAUCAUCUCCUUCUGCGUGGCCCAGUUCCGGUCGCUGUUCCUGUCAUGGCUCUGUUCUCUCCUCCUGCUCUCCACACUGAGGCUACAAGGUGUGGAGGAAGUUAAGAGGAGGUGGUACAGGACAGAACACGAGUACUACUUGCUGCAGUUCACGCUGACCGUCCGCUGCCUCUACUACACCAGCUUCAGCCUCGAGUUCUGCUGGCAGCAGCUGCCCGCCGCGCGUGCCUCCUACUCCUUCCCCUGGAUGCUGGCCUAUGUCUUUUACUACCCGGUCUUCCACAACGGGCCCGUCCUCAGCUUCCCGGAGUUCAUCACACAGAUGCAGCAGCAGGACGACUUGUCGCUGGAGCCCCGCCUCUGCGUGCUGGCCCGGGGCGUGGGCCGCCUGCUGUGCUGGUGGGGGCUGGCCGAGCUGAUGGUUCACCUUUUGUACAUGCACGCCAUCUACAGCAGCAUCCCCUUGCUGGAGGCCGUCUCUUGCUGGACCUUAGGAGGACUGGCGCUGGCCCAAGUGCUGUUUUUCUAUGUGAAGUACUUGGUGCUCUUUGGCGUCCCAGCUCUGCUCAUGCGCCUGGAUGGACUCACACCACCGCCCCUCCCUCGCUGUGUGAGCACCAUGUUCAGUUUCACGGGGAUGUGGAGGUAUUUUGAUGUUGGAUUACAUAAUUUCUUAAUCAGGUAUGUGUACAUUCCAGUGGGUGGGUCCCAGCAUGGCCUGCUGGGGACACUGUUUUCCACUGCGAUGACGUUUACAUUUGUGAGCUACUGGCAUGGCGGCUAUGACUACCUCUGGUGCUGGGCAGCACUCAACUGGCUGGGAGUCACUGUGGAGAAUGGAGUCCGGAGGCUGGUGGAGACCCCCUGCGUCCGGGACAGUUUGGCCCGAAGCCUGUCCCCGCAAGCUCGCCGCCGAUGGCACGCCGUCCUCGCGUCUUGUUCCACCUCGAUGCUGAUCCUGUCCAACCUGGUGUUUCUUGGGGGCAAUCAAGUUGGGAAAACCUACUGGAAUAGGAUUUUCAUACAAGGCUGGCCAUGGGUGACCCUCUCUGUCCUGGGAUUCCUGUACUGCUACUCUCACGUGGGCAUUGCCUGGGCCCAGACAUACACCGUGGACUAAUGCUGCCAGCCCAGGCCAGCCCUCGCUGUUGGCCUCCAAGGCAAAUGGUGCUUUACCCUGACCUCCCACUCCAAGAUCAUCACCAAGACACCAGCGCUUGAUCUGCUCCUCUUCUGCUAAAGUUAACCUCACUACAAGAUUGGAAGCUUGCUCUCGUAGAAAAUUCACAACCAGACAAUCCUCUAACUUUGGGGCCUUAGAAAUCUUUCACCCCAACCCUAUCAUUUUCCUAUUGAGUGAGCUGGGGCCCAGGGCAGUGAAGUAUCUUGCCCAACUACACAUGGUGACAUUUUGGUCUAGCAAAGUCCCAUAGGCCCUUUGGGUUCUUUCUGCUAUAUUGAUUGAGUGAGAUGUAAUGGACAUUUCUUGAUAGAGGCUCUGAAAUCCUGUCCUCUACUGGGCAGUAUUUCUGAAACAUUUUGGUGACAUUUAUUUAAGUGAUCCCUCCCCCAUGUCCUGCAGUGUGGUCUUUAAAACCAGCACUAGGAUUUGAGCUUCACAUCAGGGAGGAGACAAAGCCACAGCUGUGUUUGUAAUUACCUAGUCAAAGAGGAUAGAAGCAGUCCUGUGGCACUCCAAGGAGUCCUGUGAUUUGAACUUUAUCAGGGUGAUCUACAUUUGGCUGUUUGUUACUGAGAUUUGCAGAGAAAUAUAAAAAUGGUAGUUCCUCUGACAGUUUGUUUCCCAGUAAUGAAGCAGAAUUUCAAACCAGAGAAUGUGUAUCCAUAGACAGGUACUACCAGGCAAGUCACAAAAGGAUGGCUCUGUGUGGUUUUGUCUACCCUCUCUGCAAGUCUCAACAGUCAUUGUUCUACUAGGUGGUUUAUACUGCAUUGUUUUGAUUCAAAUAAAAUGAAGCUUUUUCUGUCAUGUGAAUAAUUCCACAUUUUUAUAGAAUUAUUUUGAAUACUUUUGAGGGAAAUGUUUAUAAUCUGAACCCACUUACAUAAGUUGAUUAUUCACUCCUCUAGAAAGAUGCUGGGCAGGCUACCAAUGGCUCCAAGUGGUAGAUAAUUCAGAAUACUUCUGUUUGGCUUUGGAUUUUUUUUUUUUUUUUUUAGUGGGGGAA